AAGGAUAUCUGUCUGGUGAACGCUUCCAGAGAUGCUACAAAAGCGGAACGUCCCUUUAGCUUCCUUCCUUGUAGUUAAAAGUGGAGUCCAGGAGCCAUCUGUUGCUGGAGACACUCAAAAGAGGAUGUUGAGGCUCCUGCUCUGAACAACCAAAGCGUGCGAAGGGCAGCUGUGCUGUGAGGAAAAGGUCUAAACCUCAGCUGCUGCUUGGAAAAAAUUGUUGUGCGAGGAUUCAUCUGGUGAUGCUUGGCUGCAUGGAAAAGAUCAAUGACAGCGAGGGUCACCCCAGCAGCAGCCACCAAGCCUUGAAAGGGACCUCCAAAUGGGCCACGUCGCUGGAGAACCUCCUGGAGGACCCCGAAGGAGUGAAGAGAUUUAGGGAAUUUUUGAAGAAGGAAUUCAGCGAAGAAAACGUUUUGUUCUGGCUUGCAUGUGAAGAAUUCAAGAAGACACAGGGAAAAAAGCAGAUGCAAGAAAAAGCUAAAGAGAUUUACACGACUUUCCUGUCCAGUAAAGCCUCCUCCCAAGUCAACGUGGAAGGGCAGUCCCGUUUGAGCGAGACCAUCUUAGAGACACCUCACCCCCUCAUGUUCCAGAAGCUCCAGGACCAGAUAUUCAACCUCAUGAAGUACGACAGCUACAGCCGCUUCCUAAAGUCAGACAUAUUCCUAAACCACAAGAAGAGUGAGGAGCAGGAGGAGAAUCCCCCAGAGGCUCAGACUGCAGCUAAAAGAGCGUCGAGAAUUUACAACACAUGAUGCAGUGGAUCCCUUCAGGAGAGGCAGCCCAGUCAUCACAUCACACUCAGGAACAAUCUCGGUUUAGAGCAGUCGCAUUUAGGGCUUGGGAAGCUCCAAACCUUUUUAGGAGCUACUUACCUUCUUAAUUGCUUGAAUGACUAAUUGUUUUUUGCAUGAUAGCUAUUAACUAAGCACCCAUGGGAAGAGUGUUUCCUUGCUAAGAGGCUGGGGUGUUCCUCCACAGCAUGAAUUGCCAAUAUUUCACAGGGUAAAAUGCUUUCAGUUCUUGUCUUCCCUUUUGUCACCACGAUGAUGAGAAAUGGGAGACAGGGUGGUUGUUGUUUUUAUUUUUUGCCUUGCCAUUUUUGUUUGUGACUGGCCUUUGCAUCCUGAGGCGCUGGGAGAAACUCCUGAGGAGUGCAUUUCACAUUGCUCUGUGGAUGAGUCAUUCAGAGCAAACCUAAUCACGAAGGGACAGCAUCUUCCAGGUUUAAGCUCAGUAGAAUCCAACCCCUUCCUGUGUAACUUUGUUCUUUCAGGGUGAUACCUGUUUUGCUUUGCCUUCAGUGUUCAACCAAAAUACCCCUCUACUCAUGGUUUUAAUUUCUGUAUUUCCUAAAUUCCACCCCCCCCUUUUUUUUUUUUUUCUUGCACUAGACAAUCACUUUGUUCAGAAGGUGGAAUAAUCUUUAUUCCCUUGGGAACAGAAGCCCUAAAAUAGACAGAAUCUCUGAAGAGCUUCUGACUGCCAUGGGGAAACAGGACAGUGAGCACCCACUAGGGCACACUGCUGUCAGCAAAGCUUGGCUGGGGCACGUCCUGCCUGUUCAGUGUGACAUCAGUGUCACUGGGAAGCAUCGUCUGGUCUCUCCCAGGUCUCCAGGACAAUCCUGCUCUUCGCAGCAAGAGCACUUUGGCAAAGGACCAACAACCCAAAUCUGGUUUUGUUUUACUAAAAUCUCCCCGCUGAAGUCACCCUGCCUUAAUUUGUUUGCUCCAGAAAAGGAUUUCAGGGUGGUUUUUUUUUCCUCAUUGUGGCUUUGGAGAGCCCCAGUGGAACAGGGGGUUGGCACUGGGGUUCAGCCAUUCUCACACCAAGCUGGAGAGGAAGGGGAAUUUAUUUCUGCCUGGUGCAAAGAUGAAAUGUCAGGGAGAGAAAAGGAAGACACUCUCAGUGAGCUCCCAUGUUGUCCUGGGAAUGUGUCAGAGCUGCACAGCACAUCUUGCCAUACAGUUUUUCAUGUGUUCAAAUAUUUUUUUUAGUUAUUUCACUGCAGUGUUACUGAGUUGCAGUUUAAGCUGGGUAAGUGUAUUAACUACUCGCUCUAUUUACAAGCCUCUCAGUUUGUAGUUUAGCUGUUCCACGUUCUCUCAUUAUUUACUUUUUCAUUUUCUGCAUUGCUUUGUCUUGAACUUUUGUUUAUGUGCUGGUUAAUCUCAAUGCUCAGUUGGCUUCUGAACGUUUUAUGCUUCUUUUUUGUCAGAAAGGCCAGAUGUGUUUGAGAUGUCACUGUCACCAUCCAUGUUCUAAACUAAAUCUGGGCUGCCAUGACUGAGGAUGCAAACUCGCUUUCUAGACCUGGUUGUUUCUCUUUAACUCUGAGCCACCCUUUCAGGUGAUGUACAGAGAAAGUUGUUUCCAUGGCUUUUUCCCUAGUUAGAUGUAGAAGUGGAAGUCCUGAUUCUUCCCCCAGAGCUACAUGCCCUGCUGGUGUUCAGAAAAUCAAAGGAGGGGUCGAUGCCUCCAUGUGCUUGUUGCAAGGUGUCAUUCUCAUGCACUGAGUUACUUUUCCUCUCAUGCUCUCAAAAGGUUUGAUGGUGAAGUCAUGUUGCUUCAGGCACUUUCUGUGGUGUUUGACCUCAUGUUUAAGCUGUAGUUCAGUGUUUUGUUGAACAGGGAUGAGUUAAACACAUGCAUGAAGCUUUUUUCUUGUUUUCUUUUGUUCUGAGGGGUCCUAGGAAAUGGGACCAUCCAGUUCUGGACUUGCCAACUCUUUGUAAUCUCAGGAUUACCUCUUCUGCAAACCCACUGUAAUGACAAUCUCUUAAUGCCUGCCACAGCAGAGGGUGGAACUUCUGAUAGCACUGAAUUCCUUGGCAGAGAGCAGUUUAACCAGUUCAGGAGCUGGGAUUUGUCUCCUCCCAGCAUUUGCUGCAGAAGUCUCAGUGAUACUGAGAACUUCAGCAUGGGGACCCUCAUGGGGAAAAUGCAGAAUGACUCUCACCACAUUCAUCACAUGGAUGCACAGCAGAUCCAUCUUUAAUCAUAUUGAUUUGAAAAAUGCAUGAGUAAGGGAGAAGAGUCUUUGACUAUCAUGUUUUUAAAAUAAAUAUACAGAAUAAAACCAGCAGCUGUAUGAACAAAGGUAGGGCAUUAAGGGGAGAAAAUAUUUGUUUGUAGCUGCUUAUAAACAACAUUUUUUUCUUGGCAAUAUGCUGCCUACCAGGUACUGUCUUUGCUUGUUAAGAGCAAGUGCCCCAUGAGUAGACACCAAGGUGCUUUACACUGCCAGGCAAAGGCUACUCAAAUGGAAAUGUAUUUUUUAGCAGCAUUUCAAUACCUGUGAUGUUUAUUUCAGUAGCUGUUAUGAUUCCAAUCUAAUGUGCCUAAAUCCACAAAAUUCUUAAUCUUUGAAUUGCUCUUUUACCUCAGAGGUAAAAAGUGGAUUGUCCCACUGGCUGCCUUGUUUAUGGUAUCUGGUUUUGUUUUAUUUUUCUUCAGAACACCAAGAGGUGGACUUGCAAGGUACAGAAAUCAAAGAUCUUUUCCUAUUAAUUGGUUUAUCUGUAUUUUUCAGUAGAAGAGCAAUCAAAUUAAAACCAUGCAAGCAGAUAUCUGUAACUGCAACAUGUAUCUAUGUGGAGAAAGUUAUUUUACUUCUGUUGAUUUUUGUCACUGGUCAGACUUACUUUGGGAAACAGAUGGCAUUUGCUCUACAUGGCAUUAGAACAAAAUCCCCAGAAAGAAAAAGAACUGUUUCCCUACAAGCAAAUCCUGCUUUCCAGGAACAACUGUAAACAUUGCAUAGAACCUCAGGCUGUAAGUGGGUGCUCGGUUGCUUUAUGUAGAGAUUAAAGAUAGGAUCUACUCCUCUUCAUGGAACUUCCACUGAAGGUGUGAGCACAAAAAAAAACGAGCAAGAGAAGUUUAGUGCCUGAUUGCAUGCCUUGAACUCUACCUUGUUUUGUGUUUCUCAGCUAAAAAAAUUAAAAUACUCUACAAAUACACCGUA